UAUUUCUCAGCACGACUGCGCUUUCUCUUUGUUGGCGUCUGUUAGAGGUGGGUCACGUGACGCGCCGCUUCCCACAGCACUAACUAACAUCUGAGGCGAAGCCGAGAAUAACAUUGUAGCGUUUCCCUUAAGUAUUGUGCGGUUUUUGUAAAUCAUCCUGAAAAGAUGGCGAUUUAUUUAGGUUCAUGCACCGAAAGCCGUUUGAAACGUCCACGCUUUGGUGUGGUCUGACAGCUUAGCUGUAGCUCACAGUCCAUGCAACUUUUUUUUUAUUUGUGGGGUUUUUUUUGUGUCAGCUUGGAUUCAACAAACCAAUGGCUGCAGAAUAAAAUUUCCCACAGAGACGCUGUUGACACUGUUGGGGAGAUGUCGAGACAUUGAAGUGACACUAGACCCUGAAUGGAGUUUGACUGGGGCUUGUUCUGGGAAAGGUGCUGAUAUGCGCUGAAGAUGAGUGGCGUAGGAGACAACUCAUUGGAGCCGCUGUGCUCAGACCGCAAACGUAAACUGUCCACCUGCGACACACCAGGCUUAGGGUGUGACAAGCGUCGGAGGGAACAGGAGAGCAAGUACAUCGAGGAGCUAGCUGAGCUCAUCUCUGCCAACCUCUCCAACAUUGACAGCUUCAACGUCAAGCCUGAUAAAUGUGCCAUCCUCAAGGAGACCGUGAGGCAGAUCAGACAAAUCAAAGAGCAAGGAAAAAACUCUUGCAAUGAUGACGAUGUUCAGAAGGCGGAUGUGUCCUCCACUGGUCAAGGGGUCAUUGACAAAGACCAUCUGGGACCGCUGCUCCUACAGGCCUUGGAUGGCUUUCUGUUUGUGGUUAACCGAGAGGGCAGCAUUGUAUUCGUGUCAGACAAUGUGACACAGUACCUGCAGUACAAGCAGGAGGAGCUGAUUAACACCAGCGUGUACACCAUCAUCCACGAUGAAGACAGAGAGGAGUUUCACAAGAAUCUACCCAAGUCUAAUGCACCAAAUGGAGCAUCAUGGGGUGGAGAGGCACCACGUCAGAAGAGCCACACCUUCAACUGCCGCAUGCUGGUGAACUGUGGUCAGAGUCAUGGGUUGUCAGAAGAGAGGCCUAUGCGCUAUGAGACCAUGCAAUGUUUUGCCCUCACGCAGCCCCGGGCUAUGAUGGAGGAGGGAGAUGAUUUGCAGUCGUGUAUGAUAUGUGUGGCACGACGCAUCACAGCAGUAGAGAGGACGGAGAGGUUCAGCACCCGCCACGAACUGUCUGGUAAACUGAUUGAAAUUGAACAGCAGAGCACUCUUCACACCACUAUGCGUCCAGGCUGGGAGGACCUGGUGAGACGCUGCAUGCAGAUGUUCCUCAAUCGAAGCGAAGGACAGCCGUGGUCCUACAAACGCCACUAUCAAGAUGCUUUCCAUAAUGGCCAUGCGGAGACACCCUUCUACCGCUUCUCACUCUCUGAUGGCACCCCAGUCACAGCCCAAACGAGGAGUGACCUCUGCAGGAAUCCCAACUCAAAUGAACCACACUCUUUCCUGUCUACACACUUGCUUCAAAGGGAUCACAAUGGUUAUCGUGGGAACCAGGCUGGGACCAUGAGGCCUCAAAACAUGGGCAUGAACAACCCCAACCAACAGAUGAACAUGGGGCCAGGAGGUGGCAUGGGCAUGAACAGGGGCUACGGCAUGGCUGAACAGGGAAACAUGCCACAGAGAGGAGUGCCUCCGUACUCUGGGGGAGGUCGUAUGAAUCAAAUGAAUCCCAUGCAUCAGAUGAACCCUGUGCAUCAGAUGAAUCAAAUGAAUUCCAUGCAUCAGAUGGGCAACAUGGGUCAAAUGAAUCAGAUGAAUCAAAUGAAUUCCAUGCAUCCAAUGAACUCCCCCAUGAACUCGCUGAAUCAAAUGGGCUCCAUGAACCAAAUGAAUCAGAUGGGUCACCACGGAAUGCAUCAGCAGCCGCCGCAGCACCAUCAGCAGCAGAUGGGCCAGUUCCAUGGAGCUGGAGGUGGACUUGGAGGUGGAGGGUAUGGGAUGGGAAUGACCAGUCCUACCCAGGCCAGUCCAGGGAUUAAUGGUCCUCCACAUAAUGUCAUGAGUUCACCCAGAGUUCGAGGAAGCCCCAAGACGGGUUCCAGCCCCUUCUCUCCUGGAGGUAUGAACUCUCCGAUGAGCUCCACUCAUUCUGGUAACUCAGGAGGUGGAGGUACCACCUUCUCCAGCAGCUCAUUGAAUGCUCUCCAAGCCAUCAGUGAGGGAGUGGGCAAUCCAAUGCCCUCCCCACUCACCUCUCCUGCUCCUCAUAAACCUGAUUCCUCCCCGAGCAUCAACUCCACCAAUCAGACGGCAGGUGGGCCCUGUAAACCAGGCCUACCAGCCUACUCUGACUCUAAGAGCCCAGGCAGGUCACUAGGGGCUGGUGGAGAGCCGCAGUCUCAGCAGCACCCACACACCCCCACCAGCGAGAGCCCUCCUGACAAGCCAGACAGCCAAGCCAGUGGAGAGGCAGUUCUAGGUGGGGGAGAGCCCAACCGUCGCGUCCCAGACAAGUCCCACAAGAAGCUACUGCAGCUACUCACCUCCCCUACAGAUGAGCUGGUGCCACCUAAUCACACGGCAAACUCCGGGCCCAGCUCCACCCCUGAAGCUAAAGAUGGAACUGCUGGAGUCACCAGUCCUUCCUCCUCAACAGGAGUGUCCUCCUCCACAAGUGGGAAUCAUGGCGUUGGGUCAUCCUGUGGUGGCACAGGGCAUUUGACAAGUCAGUCACUGCAGGAGAAGCACAAGAUCCUCCACAAGCUCCUACAGAACGGCAACACACCUGAUGAAGUGGCUCGCAUAACGGCUGAGGCCACCGGGAAGAGCAGCUUGGAUUCAGGAGCGCCAGAACCGGGGACCGCUGCCACUGGAGGCGCAAGGGGAUCAGAAUCUAAGCAGGAGCAGCACAGCCCUAAGAAGGAGAAACCUCACGCCCUUCUUCACUACCUCCUCAAUAAAGAUGAUUCUAAAGAGGGUGGAGAUAUUAAGCCAAAGCUAGAGGAUAUGGAUGGGAGAGGAGCCCAGGGGGCAGGGGUCACCAGCUCUGAGCCCCUCGGCAUGGACAGCAAGGUGAAGCUGGAGCCCUCUGAUGAGACGGAGACCCUGGAGACCAUUCUUGGCGUCCCCAGGAACAGCUCUAGUUUCUUCCCUGAACCAGACUCCAGAGCUGGAAAAGAAGUUGGAAACAAACAGGGGAAUAUUCCUGACAGUUUACAUGAUGGAGAGAGAGUUCCCAUGCUUCCAGUUCAGCGUGGUGCCUAUCACAGAGCCUUGUCCAUGGAUUCCAAGCCCAUGUGUGGAGAUGGACCGGUAGGAGGUGGACUGGCUACAAGAAGGAAUGCUCCCUGUCCCACACUGGUCAAACAAGAGAACAUAGAUGUUCCUAUUCGAUCUGGAGCUAUGCCCAAUGGCUUUCCUGGAGGCAUGGGUGUGUGUCCACCACGGGGCAAUCCAACAAGAGCUAUGGGUAGAGGUAUGGGUAUUCAUCAGCGCCCACCAAUGGCAGGGCCAGGGGACUGGGGAAUGCCGAGGUCCAGUGGCAGCCCUGUGGCUGGACCAGGACACCCAGGCAUGGGUCGCUCCGGUCCGAUGGGAGGACCCAUGAUCAGCCGAUCUAACAGUGCACCUGGAAACACCAGAUCCAUGUUGCAGCAACAACUUAUGGAUAUGGGUACCAGUGAAGCUAAUAUGAGGAUGAGCCCAUUUGGUGGACACGGACCACCACCUCAGUCGCCCUCCUGGCCAGACUCUGCCAUGGGAAUGGACAGACCACCGGGUAACACAAACAGGGACCAGUUUGCACACCCUCUGGAUGAGCUGCUGGGGCCUCUGGCCAAUAGCGAGGGCCCGAGUGAUGAACGGGCUCUUCUGGACCAGCUUGACUCUCUGCUCAACACUGCUGAUGUCAUCGCUCUGCAGGAAAUAGACCGAGCCCUAGGCAUCCCUGAAAUAGUCGGCCAGUCCCAUGGACCUGAAGGGCACCAGCAGGGCAAGGAUCAAGGCCAAGGCCCACCAUCAGAGCCUUUCCCAGGGAUGGACACCUCCAUCGCAGCAGAGCAGAAAUCCAUGUAUGGCCAAGGCUACCCUGGGCCCCCGGGGCCUCCUUCCAUGGGAAUGCAACCUGGUUAUGGCGGCAAUGCGAUGCAAGGCCAGGCUCCUGGAGGCUUCAGCCCCAUGAUGAAUCAGAUGGGCCAGACAGGGGGCUUCCCUAUGGCAGGCAUCGGGGGUAUGGGCAACCCUCGCGCAAACAUGACAAGACCUCGCAUGAUGACUGCCACUAAGCCUCUUCGACUGCAACUACAGCAGAGACUACAAGGACAGCAGUUUAUGAACCAAACACGGCAAGGCAUAAAGAUGGAAAAUAACCCUGGAGGGAACCCGGCCAUGCGUCCAGGUAUGCAGUCAGGCAUGCAGCCAGGCAUGCAACCUGGCAUGCAACCUGGCAUGCAACCAGGUAUGCAGCCCGGCAUGCAGCCUGGCAUGCAGCCCGGCAUGCAGCCAGGCAUGCAGCCCGGCAUGCAGUCUGCAGGAAUGAGUGGUCAGCCUGGUUUUUUGAAUGCCCAGAUGAUGGCUCAGCGCAACAGGGAGAUGAUGACGACCAUGCAGCUGCGAAGGCAGCGGAUGAUGAUGCUUAUGCAACAGCAACAACAACAGCAGCAGCAGCAGCAACAGCAGCAGCAGGGUCAGGGGCCAGCAGGAGCCUUUAGCCCUCCUCCGAAUGUCACAGCUCCAGGUGGCAUGGACAGCCCGAUGGGAGGGCCCCCCAUGAAUCAACCAGGGCAACAGGGUUUCAACUAUGGAGGUAACUAUGCAGGAAUGAGCCAGCAGGGGGACCCAUCAUUCAUGCCUCCAGGAAGCAGCCCACCAGCAAAUAUGAUGCAAGGACGAAUGGGAGGUCCUCCACAGACCACCAUGAUGCCAGGGAUGCAGGGGAAUCCACAGGCUGGACACAUGUACCCACCUGGAGACAUGAAAGGCUGGCCACAGGGUGGCAUGCCGCGAAACACCUCAUACCCCCAACAGCAGUUCCCUCAGCAGGGCAGCCAGGGCCAGUUCGGACCCAUGAUGAUGAACAACUCCAUGGGUGGACCAGUCGGUGGGUCUGGCGCCGGGCAGAUGGCUCAAAUGCCAGGACAAGUGCAGGGCCAAAUGAGCAUGAACCCUAUGGGAAUGGGCAGAAUACCAAUGGGACCUGAUCAGAAGUAUUGCUGAGCACCUGUGGCUGACUGCAGACUCUGGACCCUUUCAGUAAUGGCAGAGCCGACCGGACCAGAAAAGGAGCUGGACACACACACACAGGGACACACACACUGACUGUUCGAGUCCCCCCCUCCACCCCCAGUAUAAAAUGUGACGCAGAAAUGUGACUCGGCGCAGUACACUGUUUGCCCUGGAGAAAGCGGGGCUACAUGGACAACAUGUGUGAGGUUUCAUCCUGAGCUGAAGCCUUGCACGCGUGCACAAACUAAAAACUGUGUGCGCUCGUUUGUGUGCGACCGACACGAAACUCUGAGGCAGUAUUCAGCGACACGGCCAGGCUACACAACUGGACUACGGUACGACUGGCUGUGGCUGCACUUUACCUGGAAGCUUCUGCGCGGAACAAAGAUUGAUGCAAUAUUUCUUCAUGAUUACAGCCUUACUAGAGAUUUGAUGCCUUCGCAACAAUGGGUUUUUCUUUUUUGUCUUUUCUUAUCCUUAGGAUGUCCCUUCGUUCUUAAGUCAUGGGAAGCUAUAAGCACACAGUUUACGAUGUUAUGCAGAUUGGAGCAAUAACUCUCGCCUCUAUGCUUUAGACUGUAACUGAGCAUCAUAAUAAUCCCUGUCAUAAGCAAACAAACGGUACUGCAGUAUUAGAUGUCUCAAAUGUCCUCUGUGAAUAUGAAUUGUAAAUAUUCUACAAAAUAUAUCAAACAUGCUUUUUAAAGGGCCAGUCUUGCACAGAGUAUGAGACCUGGUUGUAUUUUUGUGUCCCAUAGGUCAAUACUGAUUUGGUUGAUUUUCUUUCUUCUUCUUCUUUUUUUUUUUUUUUUUUUUUUUUUUUUUAAAUGCUUUUGCAAAUGUUGCAGUUCGGUUUUCUGUUCCUUCGUUCGUCAUCUUCUGAAUGCAUUUUAAUUUUUCCCAUAACAUUAUGCGUUUCAUGUUUUAGCAAGGCACUUUUUACUUGUGACGAGUAUCGCGACGCGACGAAGGGUUCGAGCUUCGCCGCCGUCGGAGCUUUUAUUGGAAGGUAGGGGAGGUGAAUUCUGACGCAACAGGACGCAAAGACGCCGACCACGUAGAAUGACGGGGUUGACGGGAGGUGGGGACGCGGAUCCCUCGGCUCGACGACAAGCCUGGUCCCUGCGGUGUCGGCCCAGCAGCUCCGUCUGUCAAGUCUGUUUUUAUUCACAACACGUUCUUUUGACUGUUAUCAACUUGCUGAAUCUACCUUUUCAACAUGCGCAAUCCAAAGAUAUUUUUCCACACCUGUGUAUAGUUUCUGAGGCUUCUGGUGUACAUUUGUAUGACAUGUGUUAUAUUAUUCUGAUGGUAAAUGGGUACAUAUCAUGGAUGGUUCUGGACAUGGAAUAGGUUGUUCCACAGCGCGGAGAGGACUGGAAAAAACACUCAGCCACCGAGCAGAACGUUUUUACAUUCAGACAAAAAAAAGCAUGUUUUGCUGUGACAGAGAAAUACCAAUGGAAUGAAAUCCACUCUAAGACAUAUCAAUAUUUCAUCUAUUUUUUCAGGAAACGACUUCAUUUUAUGUCCAGACUUUGUUACUUCAGGAAAAAGGAACUUUUUGUCAAGUUUGGAUGAAGUGCAAAAAAAAAAAAGGCAAGAGAUGAUUUGGUUUGUUUUGUUUUUUUCUUUGUUUUGGAGCUGAGAUAAGCUGUCAUUUUACAGGAUGUAUAUUACAGAAUUUUUCUGUUGAUAUUGAUGUAAAUACAAAUUUCUAUUUAAACAA